UUAAACACCCAGUCCCUAUCAUGUUCCCUUCGGGAUUGCAGCAGCCCUGUGGCGCUCUGGACCGGAACCUCAGAGGAAUCCCGAGGAAAGGUGGAACUAGGUUUGGCGUUGGGAGAGCGUUCGCGCCCUCCUAUUUCGGGAAAGGAUAGGGGUUUCCAUAGUUACCCCCGCCGCGCGUGACGUCAUCGUUGAGGGCUAAGAGGGCGUGGUUUGGGGGGUGGGCCUCGGGCAUUCCUGCUUGCGGAGAUUAUAGGGUCACUGGUAAGAGGAGAGGCCUGACCCAGUCAGGCAAGGCGAGGAAGGGUGGCAUCUGUUUUGGAUAGGCUGCGUUCUGCCAGAAGAAAACUGCCCCACGGUCCGGCCCUGACUUCUGCUUCUCAUGGGAGGAGUAAUCCGCCUUUUCGCAGGAAAAGUGGGGACAGCCCGGCAUCCUCAUGAAAUUUACUCACGCAGUAAAUAUUUAGUGAGUGUUUCCUGUGUAGCGGGGAGGCCGCGAAACCAGUAUUGAAACCAAUAUCUCGUUCAGAAUGAGAGAGAAGACAGCAAAUCAGGCAGUUGUAAGACUGGAAAGUGCCACAAUUUGAGAAACGCAAGAUGACAACAGAAUCAAAGAAAGCUGCAGCUCAGAACCUUCAAGAGCAUGAAGGACUUCUGAUAGUGAAGAUUGAAGAGGAAGAUUUUGUCUGGAAGCAGGACACUUGCUUACAGAGAAGUGAUCCCCUCAGGCAGGAGCUCUGCCGGCAGCUGUUCAGGCAGUUCUGCUACCAGGAUUCCCCAGGACCCCGCGAGGCACUGAGCCGGCUGCGAGAGCUCUGCUGUCAGUGGCUGAAGCCAGAAACCCACACCAAGGAGCAGAUCCUGGAGCUACUGGUGCUAGAGCAGUUCCUGACCAUCCUACCAGGGGAUCUACAGGCUUGGGUGCAUGAACAUUACCCAGAGACUGGAGAGGAGGCAGUGACCAUACUGGAAGAUUUAGAGAGAGGCACUGAUGAAGCAGUACUCCAGAUUCCAGUCUGUGGACAUGGACAAGAACUAUUCAGGAGAAAAGUGGCACCUCCUGGACCACCACUUAGUGUCCAGUUCCAGCCAGUGAACACCAAGGUCCUUCAUGGUUCUUCAGAACCCCAACUCCUACUGGACCAUGAUAAUGAGAGUGAAAACAGUGGAUCCAUGCCAAAGCUGGAAAUUUAUGAGAGAAUGGAAUCGCAGAGAAUUAUAUCAGGAAGAAUUUCAGGAUUUGUAGCAGAAGGAUCUGCUGAGCCUCAAGACAUCUGUAAGUCUACAGGCAGGAUAAAGAGACAACAGGAAAAAGAAUCAGGGGAGUCUCAGAAACCAUCAUCUGCUCAGGAUGGAGGUUUUAGUAAAAUCCUCACCCACAAAAAUACACUUACAGGUGAAAUAAUAAGCCAUGAUUGUUGUGAGAGAAGCCUAAAUCUGAACUCAAAUGAAUUUUCACACCAGAAAUCUUGUAAACACAGUACCUAUGACCAAAGUUUCAAAUGGAAUUCAGAUUUUAUUAAGCAUCAAAGAAUUUAUGCUGGAGAAAAAAUUCACCAAUAUGGAAAAUCUCUCAAGAGCCCAAACCUUAUUAAACAUGCAGCAAUUUUCAGUGGAGAGAAAACCCAUCAGUGUAAUGAAUGUGGGAAAGCUUUCAGACACAGCUCAAAGCUUAUUAGGCAUCAGAGAAUCCACACUGGAGAGAGACCUUAUGAAUGUAAUGAGUGUGGGAAAGGCUUUGGGGGGAGCUCAGAUCUUAUUAGACACCAGAGGAUUCACACUGGGGAAAGACCCUUUGAAUGCAAAGAAUGUGGGAGAGCAUUCAGCCUGAACUCACAUCUUAUCCUGCAUCAGAGAAUUCACACCAGAGAGAAACCCUAUGAAUGUAGUGAAUGUGGGAAAACCUUCAGAGUGAGCUCACACCUUAUUCGACACCUGAGAAUCCACACUGGAGAGAAACCCUAUGAAUGCAGUGAGUGUGGGAGAGCCUUCAGUCAGAGCUCACACCUUAGUCAACAUCAGAGAAUUCACAAGAGGGAAAACCUAUUAAUGUAAAGAACUUAAAUUCAUAAGGAAAUAGCAAAACGUGAAAAACAUUGAAUAAAAAAUAAAUACUUGGUGAGAUGAA